CAAUUGAAGCGAUUGACAUUACUCGUAUUUUAUCUCGCAAGGGUGGUGAGCCUGUUUAUCCCCUCCCAAGAGUUAAAAAUUUGGCCGUUCAUCCAAAGUUAAACCUAGCAGCACUACUCUUCACUAAUAUGGCUGGUGGAGAUAAGCAAAAAAGUAGAGCUGCGUAUACUAGGGAUGGAAGGAAACAACUGUUUACUGUUCUUCAAAGUGCAAGGGGAUCCACCGCUGCUAUUCUGAAGGAAAAGCUUUCAGCUUUAGGCUCAUCUGGAACGUUGGCAGACCAUCAACUCCAGACAGAGUUGCAAGAACAACAGUUGAGAGGCAGAACUCAGGUUACAAUGUCAGAUAUUGCGCGGAAAGCAUUCCUUCACAGUCAUUUCAUGGAGGGGCAUGCAAAAAGCGGUCCCAUAUCUCGGUUGCCUCUCAUAAUGAUCUCAGAUGCAAACAGCCUACUGAAGGAUGUUCCUGUUUGUGUGCCUUUCCAUUUGGAGCUGAAUUUCUUCAACAAAGAGAAUAGAGUCUUACAGUAUCCAAGCAAGGCAUUUUAUCUAGAUGGAUUCAAUCUAAUGGCUUAUAAUCUCUCUACAGGAGCUGAAAAUUUAUGCAAAAAGCUUUACUCAACGAUUCCUGGAAAUGUAGAGUGCCUUCCGAAGAUCAUGCUUUACAGUUCAAAGCAACACUUGUUUUUUGUUGUCUUUGAAUUGAUUGGUGCAAAUGGUUCCCUGCAUGAAAUCGUUAUUCACUGGGAGCCGACAGAUAUUCAGUCAUCAAAUAACAAAGGAAGUUUAAUAAAAGGGCGAGAUGCAGCACUUUUGGGUCCUAGCGAGAAUCAGUAUGCUAUUCUGGACGAGGACAGAAGUGGUCUUGCCUUGUACGCAUUAGCAGGACCUAUCGUUCAAGAAGUUAGUGAAAAUAACGGUGCAGUUGAUGUUAACUCUUCAGAUGGUCAGCAUGGAUCGGAUCAAGGACCUCAGCAUUUUAUUUUUGAUGCAGAAGUAGACCGCAUCUUCUCAUUUCCUCUAGAGUCAACCAUUCUGUAUUCAAUAUCUGGCGAUCAUGUAGGUCUGGCCAAGCUUCUUCAGUCAUAUCGUUUAUCUACUGAUGAUGGACGGAAUAUUUCAACGAGAACUGAGGGGAAGAAGUUUAUUAAGCUGAAAAGGGAUGAGCAUGUUAUCCAGGUUCACUGGCAAGAGACUCCCAGAGGUCAUGUUGCUGGAAUACUUACAAGCCACAGGGUAUUGAUUUGCUCGACAGAUUUAGAAAUACUUUCUAGCAGUGAAACCAAACUUGAUGGAGGACACCCAUCUUUCCGAUCGCUUCUGUGGGCUGGGCCUGCCCUUCUCUUCUCAAGUGCAACUGCAGUCAGUGUACUUGGUUGGGAUAACAAAAUACGGACCAUUCUUUCCACGUGUCUGCCAUAUUCUGCAUUGCUUGGCGCCUUAAAUGAUCGCCUUAUGUUUGUAAAUCCAACAGAAAUAAAUCCCCGACAAAAGAAGGGAGUUGAGAUAAGAAGCUGUCUUGUUGGACUGCUUGAACCUCUUCUGAUUGGGUUUGCAACAAUGCAGCAACACUUUGAACAGAAAAUUGAUCUUCCAGAGGUGUUAUACCAGAUAACCUCAAGGUUUGAUAGUCUACGCAUUAGUCCAAGGUCUCUGGAUAUACUAGCUAGUGGUUCCCCAGUUUGUGGAGAUCUUGCUUUAGCUUUAUCCCAAGCAUGCCCUCAUUUUACACAGGUACUACGUUGUAUUUAUGCAAUCAAAGCCCUCCGUUUUUCUACUGCUUUAUCAAUCUUAAAAGAUGAAUACCUACGCUCAAGAGAUUAUCCACAGUGUCCUCCUACUUCUCAUUUGUUCCAUCGCUUUCGUCAGCUGGGAUAUGCAUGUAUUAAAUAUGGCCAGUUUGAUAGCGCCAAAGAAACAUUUGAGGUCAUUUCAGACUUGGAGAGCAUGCUUGAUCUCUUCAUAUGUCAUUUAAAUCCAAGUGCCUUGCGGCAGCUUUCUCAGAGACUAGAAGAUGCUGCAACUGACUUAGAUCUAAGACGAUACUGCGAGCGAAUAUUGAGAGUUCGUUCAACAGGAUGGGGACAGGGUAUUUUUGCUAAUUUUGCUGCUGAAAGUAUGGUUCCUAAAGGUCCUGAAUGGGGCGGUGGAAACUGGGAGAUUAAGACUCUCGUCAGCCUGAAAGAUAUUCCCCAGUGGGAGCUUGCUGGGGAGGUCAUGCCAUACAUGAAGACAAGUGAAGGUGGUAUACCAGCCAUUAUAGCAGAUCAGAUUGGUGUUUACCUCGGUGUAAUUAGGGGAAAGGGAAAUAUUGUAGAAGUUAGUGAAAAGAGUUUGAUUAAAGCGUUCACAGCAUCUAGAAAUGAAAACAUGUCUUCAACUUCUGAAUUUCCACCUAAUUUUAACAAGGAAAGUUUGAACGGAAUUGCAAAAACAAAUCCUGUAGUGGAUAUCUUAACCAAACAAUUGGCUGGUAAUACUCUGAAAGACGAGCAGGCAAAAGCAGAAGAGGAGUUCAAGAAAUCAUUGUAUGGUACUGUUGAUGGUAGUAGCAGUGAGGAGGAUGAAGCAACAUCCAAAAACAAAAAGAUAAGGAUAAGAAUUCGAGACAAGCCAAUUGAUGGCCCUACUGUGGAUGUUAACAAAAUCAAAGAAGCUACUAAACAACUCAGACUUGGCGAUGCUCCAAUGUGGACCAAAUCAGGAGCAUCUCAGGAUAUACCAUUAAUUUCAGCACAAACAUCUUCCAUGAGUACUAAAGCCACAGAAAGUCCUGCUAUUGAUAUGUUUGGCAAUGAUACAUCUAUACCUACUACAACACAGACAAACCCUAUGAUUACUGGCAUGGGAGUGUCAGCUGGGCCUAUUCCUGAGGACUUCUUCAAAAACACCAUUCCUUCAUUUGAGGUUGCUGCUUCGCUGCCCCCUGCUGGGACAUAUUUAUCUAAAAUGGAACAGAACUCUCAAACAAUGGAAGGAAACAGGUUUAGUCCUAAUAUGAAGAUGAUUGGAAAUGUUGGCUUCCCAGAUGGUGGCGUGCCACCACAGGUAAUUCAACAGACUGGGGUUCCUCUUGAGGCAAUUGGUCUUCCUGAUGGUGGAGUACCUCCACAGUCUCAGGCUCCUGCCAUUGCUCCUCCCACUCCCAUUCCUGUCCCCUCACAGCCAAUUGAUCUAAGCUAUCUUGAAGUUGGAGGAUCCAACUCCGCAGCUGCUGCAACAAAACCAACACCUGCUCCUUCAGCAGUUCCCACUUCUGUUGCUCCUGGCUAUGUUCCCCGGGGUGCUCCUGCUGCCAUUUGUUUUAAAACAGGGCUUGCUCAUCUUGAGCAAAAUCAGCUUUCUGAUGCUUUGUCUUGUUUCGAUGAAGCAUUUCUGGCUCUUGCUCAGGAUCAGUCACGAGGAGAUGAUAUUAAAGCACAAGCCACCAUAUGUGCCCAGUACAAGAUUGCUGUUGCCUUAUUGCAGGAAAUUGCACGCCUCCAAAAGGUUCACGGUCCAAACAUGAUCAGCGCAAAGGAGGAGAUGGCAAGACUAUCUCGUCAUCUCGGCUCAUUACCUCUUCUCGCAAAACAUCGAAUUAACUGCAUAAGAACUGCCAUCAAACGAAACAUGGAAGUGCAGAACUAUGCCUACGCGAAGCAAUUGCUCGAUCUCCUCUUCUCGAAGGCUCCACCAAGCAAGCAAGACGAGCUUAAGAGCCUGAUUGACAUGUGUGUGCAACGAGGGCUCUCAAACAAAUCCAUUGAUCCACAGGAAGAUCCCUCUCAAUUCUGCGCCGCAACACUCAGCCGUCUUCCAACAAUCGGUCAUGAUAUUUGUAGCCUGUGCGGUGCAAAAUUCUCUGCUCUCUCCGCACCUGGAUGCAUAGUUUGUGGAAUGGGAAACAUCAAGAGAUCGGAUUCUGCCCCAGGGCUGGUUCCAUCGCCAUUUGGCUGAAAUUCAAUCUCUUGAGCUUAGUUAUUUCCGCCAAUGGAUAAGGAGAAAUUUAAUUCAAUUUUUGUAAUUAAAAUUUCUGGAGAGUGUGUGAGGUGCUGCUGAAUGGAGGUGGUUCUCUUGUAUUUUACUUUGAUUCUUUGUACCUAUUUUUCCAACAAUCUAAAGGGGCAGUUCAAUUUGUAAAACAUUUGGUUAAGCCUUCCAAAGUUACAUUCAAUGCAAGAG